AUGCUAUCUAUUAUGUUAUGUCUAUCUAUCACACGAGAUAACUAUUUCCAUCUAUCUAUCGAUCUAUCUAUCACAUUAUGUUCAUAUUUAUCUAUCUUUAAUUGUCUAUUCAACCUAUCUUUAUUUAUUUAUUCAUUUUUUUGUAAUUUUCUUUAUAUCUAUCUAUCUAUCUAUCUAUCUAUCUAUCUAUCCCAGUCUGUUCAUAUCUAUCUAUCUAUCUAUCUAUCUAUCUAUCUAUCUAUCUAUCUAUCUAUCUAUAUAAGGAUCUCUUUACCAUGGAUUUGGAAUUCUGUUAUCUAUCUAUCUAUCUAUCUAUCUAUCUAUCUAACUGGUUAUCUAUGUAUCUAUCACGUUGUAUUUUCAAGAUUAACGACAAUAAAGUGUUCGAUCAACAUUCGUGCCACAUCUAAGCGGAGGUUCGAAUAUCACAGUCUGUUCAGAUCUAUCUAUCUAUUUAUCUAUCUAUUUUAG